AUGGCUAAACACUGUGAAGUUUGUCGGAUUGAUCUUGCUGACGAUUAUGCAUAUCAAGGUCAUAUUACUGGUAAAAAACAUGCGAAGAAUUUGCAGUUCUUAGAAUUCAAAAAAGCUAUCAAAGAAAGGUCGAUUUUUGUUUCUAAUUGGCCACCACACUUUACUAGUGUUCAAGUAAUUGAUUUUUUUCUUAAAUAUGGAUUCAUUGAAAGUCACAAAUGUCAACGCGAUUAUGCGCUCAUACAAUUUGCAGAAAGAGAAACUGUUGAUUUUCUUAUGAGUCGUCCAGUUUUCAUCGACAACCACAAAUUACGUAUUGAGCCAAGGAAAUUUUAUCAAAAUGAAAGAACACCAGUCACUCAAGCUUCAAUCACACUUUCAUAUGAAGAUUUGAAGGACAUUUUCGAAACGGAAACUACAUUUGAUAGUCAGUUGAUUGCAUUUUUAAAUGCGGUACAACCCAGUGAUGUUGCAGUUGAAGCAAAGUACGGUUCUGUUUGUGCUAGUUUGAAACAAAUAUUUAAGAUAAAGUUUCGUAAUUGCAAGGUACACAGGUUUGGAUCAACUGUUACUGGUCUGAGCUUCUUCCAUAGUGACCUUGACGUUUAUAUUGAUAUAGGUCUACCGAUAGUCGAAUCUGAAGAUGAUACAAAGCCUUAUGAAUGGACUCCUAAGAAAAUUUUCAGAGUGGGAAAAUCGCUUUUAUUUAAGAGAAAUAACAUUUUUACUGAUAUAGUUUUGAUACCAAAUGCAAAAACGCCAAUUAUUAAAUUCCGUCAUGCUCCCACUAACAUUUUUUGCGAUAUUAACUUUAAGAACAGUCUAGGUGUGUGCAACAGCCACUUGAUAAAGUAUUAUCUAUCGCUUGACGUCAGACUAAAACCUCUGAUGAUAAUCAUCAAAUUCUGGGCAGAGCUAUUUGGAAUAGCUGGCAUGGGAAAAAUCUCAAACUAUGCACUAACUUUGCUAAUUAUUUUCUUUUUACAACAACCGGAAAGAGCUAUGGUACCUACAGUUGUGCAACUGCAAUCGAGUUGCAAACCAGAAUUUGUCCAAGGGUGGCAAGUAAAUUACGACGAAAACAUAAAACUGCAGAACACUAAAAACGAAAAUAGUAUUCCAAGUCUACUGUAUGAAUUUUUUGAUUUUUACGCUGGAUUCGACCUUGGUUCAAAAGUACUUUGCCCAUUGGAUGGCAAAGCACAUCCGAAAACGGUUUUCGCAAGCGCUGAAGAGUUGCCUGAUACCAUGUUCAGGUACAGGGAGUACAUUCGUGAAACGCAAAACCCUAUGUUGAUGCAAACAGAUAAACCAAUGUGUUUACAAGAUCCAUUUGAAUUGAGUCACAAUGUGACUUCUAGAGUAAAUGGUCGAACGGUAGCAUUCUUUCAACAACACUGCAUAACUUCGCGAGAAGUUUGUAAAGAAGUGCAAGAGAAUGAUUAUAAAACUUUAUUUUCCAUAUUGUUUACGAGAGAAACAAAGUUGGAUAAACCGGCAAAAGUUAGAAUGUUGAUCAAAGGUGAGCUGUUUUUGAAAGUCGGCUUACCGAAAAACACCGUUCUCCAACCAAAUGUAAUCUACAGGGGACAUUUCACAAUAAAUGAUUGGUAUGAAACUGUUUUAAAUCUCGUAAAAGAAAUUUUUGAGAGAGUCUACAAGUUCAAAGUAAAACUUGAGUCGAUGGAUAGGGAAGUAAAACAACAAAAAUGCGACGUAGAAUCAGACGUACAUACAAAGAACAAAACGAAAACUAUUCUCGAGUGUUUGGGUUACUUCAAACUAUGGUACGGUCGUAAAAACAAAAAAACUAUAUUUGAUCCAACAAUGAGCGCCCUGGAUAGAGAAGCUAGUAUAUCCGACAAGAUGAUGGAGGAACUGAAAAAGACUCCGGCGUCGAGUAUUCCAAUCAUUAGUUUCACGUGUAUAAUUCAAAAGCUUCAAAAGCCAGUUGCUGUAGAGUUGAUCUUGAAGAACAAUAACUCUGCACAAAAUAUGUUUAAAGAAUUCUCGGAUCAGAUGUGCAAUAAACUUAAUCAGAUUAUUGACAAGACUUUGUCACACAUGUUGCAGUACAAGAAAAAGGAACAACCAUCUCAAUCGUCGUGAAAUGGACCUUUUUUAUAAUAUAAUUUUUUUUCCUUGGUUAUCUUGAUUUCAAAAAUCGUACCAAGAGUAAAUGUAAAAAACUUGACACAAACUUGACCUUUUAAGUUUUAUUACUAAUUGUAUAAGUUUUAACGCUGAUUAUGGCUUUAUAAACUUGUCUCUUCUACGUUUACAGGUUACAAGUUUAUCAUUGAACUAUGUAACUUAUCAAUUAGAAGUAGCAUCUUAUUGAUUUAUCAUCCAAUUUUUCAUAUUUUUAGUUUCACUUAAAAAUAAUACAGUUUCUGCUCAAAAUUAACUGUGAAUACAUUACGUAUUUUCUUCGAACGUUAUAUUAGCAAAUAUGCAUUAUGCGAUCCGAACGUAUUCAAUUAAUUCGUUUUCUUUUUUGUCAAUUUAUCAUCCUAUAUCCUAUAAUUUAUGUUCUAUGAGUAUAACAGUUUAGGAGCAAGGCAGUUUUCCUCGAAUAUAUGCAAUCUCGGGUAUUUUUUAUUUCACACAAAAAAAAGCUAUUCUAAUGUAUUUACUUUAGUAUGUUUUGCUAUACUAACCACGUAAUAAUGAAAAACUAAAGUUUCGUUUCAGUUUGGAACUAUACAGAACUUUUGAAUAUUAACCAUUGUUUGAAAAUAUAAUAUACAAGGAAUGAAAAACAAAAUCAUACUUUUGUUUGUACAAAAUGUGAAAGAAAAACAGUAAAAAAUAAAAUUGAUCAAUUCAU